UACACACUCUAACAAACCAGAAGACUAAGAGUAUCUUUGUUACAACAAUGGCUUCCACUGCUCUCUCCAGCACCAUAGUAAACACCUCCUUCCUCCGCCGCCAACAGACACCACUCAGCCUCAGAUCUCUCCCUCUAGCCAACACACAUUCCCUCUUCGGCCUCAAAUCCUCCACAUCACGCGGCGGACGCGUCACAGCCAUGGCUACCUACAAAGUCAAGUUCAUCACACCUGAAGGCGAGCAAGAAGUGGAGUGUGAAGACGACGUCUACGUCCUCGACGCAGCGGAGGAAGCAGGUAUCGAUCUCCCCUACUCAUGCCGUGCUGGAUCUUGCUCAAGUUGCGCAGGGAAAGUCGUCUCUGGGACCAUUGACCAGACGGACCAGAGCUUCUUAGAUGAUGAACAGAUGAGCGAAGGGUAUGUCCUCACAUGUGUGGCUUAUCCGACUUCUGAUGUCGUCAUUGAAACACACAAAGAAGAAGCCAUUGUUUAAUAAAUUUCUAAACCAUCUUUAAAAAGCUUAUGGAUGGGGUAUAAUAAAAGUGAAGAGAAACGUGAUGUAUAAGUCAUCUAUGUCUUGUUACUAUGCUAAUUUAGCUCAACCAUUUGUAUAAGAUCAAUUGAUCACAUAUUUCAGUAUAAUUCCUCCUUUUUUAUUUUGGUUGUUUUUGUUUACAUCCAAUGUCAACUUUCCAUGCAUCAUGUUCCUAAAUCUUUAUAUCAUAUUAUAUGAAAAAAAUAAAAGAAGUAGAUCAUGG